UAUUCAAUAGCACGACAUGUAACAGUAUCCUCAAAACUAUUAAAUGUAAACAACCCGGAAGAAUGGCACGUAUAUUGCGCAGUUAUCAAAGGUUUUUGUGGGCGACAAAACGCAUUUAGGACAUUUUUCGUCUUUUACUGUGUUCAUCGACACGGAUACCGGUACCAUCGUGGAAAUCUUGUGUUAUUUCAUCAGAUAUCGGAACUCUACUUUACCAAAAUGGGAUGUAAGAUGCAUGUGGCUUGUGUGUUUGUGCUGGCUGUAUCCACAACAGAUAUCCUAGCACAGUUUAAUGACACUCAUUAUCCAGUAGAAUUUAGCAGUGAAACCAUCCAUUGUAAAUUGUGUCGUCCUGGCACUUUCUGGAUUAAGCAUUGUAGUCAUGACGGUGGCAACUCACAAUGUCAGGACUGUCCAGAUGGAAGGUUUAUAAAGCACUAUAAUCGAGAGCUUUAUUGUGGAAGGUGUACUGAAUGUACAGAAAAUGAUCGAACAACGGGUGAAGUGGCUGAGGCGUGUACGCGGUUUCACGACACGAUAUGUGAGUGUAAACCAGGGUACUGGAGAGAAGAAAGUGUCGGAGAUUGCCAAAAAGUGUCACAGUGUGAGACCGGAUAUGGCGUGAACAAAAUGGCGAACAGUCACACUGAUACAACAUGCGAGAGAUGUGUUUAUGGGAAGACCUUCUCCAACAUCAGUUCCGAGGUGACGCCGUGUCAGGACUGUUCAGUUUGUCCUGAGGGAUGGGUGCAGAAAUUUUCAUGUCACGAAACUGAAGACACUGUGUGCAUUCCAAAAGAUGAAGCAGACGACAACAGCGUUGUUUUUAUUGUGGAAGUGACAUGUGGUGGCAUACUGGCGAUAUUAGUGAUCACCAUUGUCUUCUGUCGGGGGAGAAAAAUUAUUGAAAAUAUACGGCGUCGAUACAAGCAUGGUGGAGGAGAACAAACCAAUCUUCUACAUCUAUACUGUAAUGACCCGUUGAUAUGCAAAAAUAGAUCCGGACAACAGUAAAAGAGCGCCUUGACUUAUCGAAGAGUACUGCAGACAAUUUGGUGCAAUUGUAAUGUCAAAGCAUAUUUUACGAGGUGAACAUUUAUUUGGCCGUCCGGGCAUAAUUAUUAAGAACUUGGUAGUGUUGAGCACGAAAUGCCGAUACACCCGACAGCAUGAGCUAACUUCUUAUAUACCAAUUAGUGAACAAGACGAAUUUUGAUGCAAGACAUCCAAGACGCGGCUGAAUAUGUUUAAGCGUUAAUUUAUAUAUAUAUAUAUAUAUAUUUGUUAUCAUAAUGACAGUAAACAUACGUUUAAUUAUUCUAACAAUUGUUAACAUUCCGAAUUAACACGGACAUAGCCGAACUAUGACGGUUUAAUCAACUUUCUAGAACCGUAGUUACUCGGUCGUCUCCGGCAUGCGUGAAUUAUUUAGACUGGUACCUUGCAUUAUCCCCGAUAAAAUUAUUGGUGUCGGGUCGAUUCGGCCGAGAUAUCAUUUCGGCCUGAUCCUUUAAGGCCUACUUUUAUUCAUUAAUCUUUGUUUUAAAUCGUGUGAAUUACGCUUUGAUCUCUCAUUUUAUGUCAGCUAAAUUUAAAUUGUGUUUAUUUCGUUAUUGCGACUUAUAUUUGUUAGUAAAAUCGUGUGAAUUAAGCUUUGUACUUCCAUUUUAUAUCACUUAAAUUUAAAAUGCCCCUUCACUUGUAGAGAGUGCAUUAAUAAGGGUUGCUACCGUUAUUACUAAUGCUUUUAUUAUCAUUAUUUACACAUUCCUUUCUGAUAACGAUAUCGCGAUAGGUUGAGGACCGUCAGUAAAAUUUCAUUAUUUCAAUACUUGCAAAUCAAUUUAAGAUGCUUGCCUUAAAAUAUUUAUUCCAUUUCUUAUAAUUUGAAUGAUAAUUUGUUACAAAUAAAUUUAGAUUUAAAUAUUGGUAUAGGUACAUCUAUUAUCUUAUUUUUUUAUUUCUUUAAAGAAGGUAAACUAAUUGUACGUUUUUGUUGAUUGAUGUGCUUGUACACUUGUCUGCAUGUAUAUUGAUGUGCGGCGUUGUUAUUUUUCGCCAGCUAGUACUCAUAUUUGCUGUGAUAGCAUAUAUAUAUGUAUUGUUUUCUUUCUUUCUUUGUUUGCUUUUUGACUUUGAUAUAUAGUUUGUAAUGGUGAAGUCAUGAAUAUUUUAACAAACGCUGUUUGAAAAGUUGUAAUUUAUUUGCUUAAUAAGAUAAUUCAUUUCUUAUUUUUGUUGUAUACUUUUUUGUAAUAAAUCUAACUGUUUUUGAAGAAAAAAAACAGUUAUUAGAAUUGUCAUAGCAUGUGUCGUCAUUGGGAUGCGCAGAAUAUAAUCUGGUCAUAACCGUUUAAGAUAUUUAAAUGACACUUGGUACACAUGUUUCCAGUGGCAACACUAAUGUAUAACAAUGCCAGUUGGUCUUGCUGUAAAAGACCCAGUUGCAGAAGAAAAAUAAAAAUAAAAUUACGUUACAUUAAUUAAUUAUUUUCUGUAUGUCCAAGUAACAUAUACAACAAGCAGAAAUUCAAUUUAUAUUUAUCUUUAAAUAACUGCUCCAAACUUUAUCAAAAAUCAAGUCAAAUAAAACACCCCAAACUGUUAUCAUUAAACAAUGUCUUUAUGUUAAUAAACCAACUUGAAAACAAGUUUUUCAAUGCUGUGAACAAAUAUUUAUCAUGAAACUGUAACAUAUUAUUGUCUCGUAAAUAUUUUGUUGAUUUAUGUUGUGACAAAUGUGCGGUUAGGCAAAUAAAUAUAAGCUCCCAGUAGA